AUAUUUCUGCAUUUUACAUGCUUCUGAGAGGAAAAGAUGAGAAUAAAAUCUCUGAGAUACCUGUUUGACCUGAAGUGUGGAGUUAAACUGAUACAACUGCAACUUUCUGUUCUGGGGUCAAGAUGGGGUAUGAGGUCAAGAUGUCCAUUAUGUCUUUUACCAGCAUAAUCGCCUGGAGUGUUCUUCCUGUGCUUCAUAUUAUUCAGGAUACCAGUUCAGCAGCUGAAAACAUUUCAAAGCAACAGAGAUUCCUACACAAAACAGUGCACCAAAAUGCCCAGCUGACCUGUGACUUUCCAGCUCACAGAGAAACCAUUACAAAGUUAAAUGCCUACUUGUUGAAAGGAAUUGGGAAAGUACAACUUUUUGAAGCAAAUUGGAACAAUUCCACAAUUUUAAUCAAGACAAACAGUUCUGGAUUAAGCUUGGACAUAAAUAUUGCAAAAGAAGAAAAACAUGCUGUGUUUCACCUGAGGGACUUGCAGGUCAUCCACACAGACAGCUACAUGUGCAAGAUUGAGGUGAUUGACCCGCCACCAUAUGAAACUAAAAGCAGGAGCAAUUUAAUUUAUGUGAAAGAACUUCCUCCGCUCCAAGAAAAGCUUAAUUACAUGAACAUGCCAAUGGCUAUUCCACUUGGAUUUUUUGUUUUCUACAGUCUGUUAAUCACAGCAGCCAUUUACUACUAUUGGCUGAAAAGCAAGAAGAAUAGGGCCCUUCAGAAUGACUAUUUCAGCAUGACACCCUGGCAAUCAAAUGGACCCAGGAAAAGGCCCCCUCAAAAUGGUGUUCCAACACGGAACUAUACUGCAUACCGUUAUUGGGAACCCUGAUGUCUUCUCUACGAUGGAAAUAAGAACAGCCUAGCCAUAGGCAAAACGAGACUGUUUUCAAAGAGUUAUAUCUUCUUGUUCAUAGAUCUAUGAAGGACAAAAGCUCUCUGUAAGUUAUGUUUCAAGCUGGAUAGGCAAGAGGAUUUUAGCAACAGUAGACUGGAAACAGAGAGAUGUUAGGUCCUCCCUCAGUGUUAAGCAAAUGAUGGUUCUAACUGCAUUUGUGAACUUUCUACUUUGGCCUUAACAGAAAGUUUAGACGGAUUAUAUCCAAACUCUGGAAAAUAGUGGAGGUCUUUCUCGAUAUCAGAUAUCAACUGAAUACCA